AUGGCUACCAAACAGGCACUAAAGCGUCUAACAAAGGAAUAUAAGCUGAUGGUGGAGAAUCCACCACCAUACAUACUGGCUCGCCCAAACGAGGAUAAUAUCCUCGAAUGGCAUUACAUUAUCACAGGUCCUCCUGACACGCCAUACAAGGAUGGGCAGUACCACGGUACGUUGACCUUUCCGUCGGAUUACCCAUAUAAACCUCCGGCUAUAAGGAUGAUCACUCCGAAUGGGCGUUUUAAAGAAAAUACAAGACUAUGUUUGUCUAUGAGUGAUUACCAUCCGGAUCUAUGGAACCCUGGUUGGUCUGUAAAUACCAUAUUGAAUGGACUAUUGAGUUUCAUGACGGGGGAUGAUUCCACUACUGGGUCCAUCGUUACCACAGAUUCACAAAAGAGGUUACUAGCCAAAAAUUCUGUAGAGUUUAAUAAUCGCCAAAAUUUAAGAUUUAAAUUGAUCUUCCCUGAUAUCGUGGAGAAGAACUGGGCAGAGAUUGAAAUGAGACAUAAGCAGGAGGUGGCUGAUGAGCUAGUGCAUGGUAAACAUUCGAGUAAGUCGGCAGAUCCUAUCAUGGAAGCAUCGAAGGAGAAGGUAAUUUCAUUAGAACAGAUUAUAGAUCCUGAAGAUAGGAUACGUGCUGAGCAAGCAUUGCUAGAUAUGGAGAACGAAGAGAAAAGAAGAAUACACACAGAUGGCCAUAAGGGAACCUCAGUCUAUUAUAUUGGAUUUGCCAUAUGUCUGUUUGUGUUGGGACUGUUUAUGAAAUAA